CAAAACCCUAACACUCAAAUCAACCCCAUUACCGUUUGAUUCCACCACCAUUAAACCCCCUACCCUUCAUCUUUCCACCAUCUUCUCCAUCUAAAGACACCAUCUCUGUGUCUCACAACCACCACCCACCAUGGCAACCGACCACCGUGAACCACUCCACUCAACCACCACCGACAACAUCCCACCCACCACCAAACCCACCAAAAAAGCCGCAAGAACCAUCGAAGAAACCUACCAGAAGAAAACCCAACUCGAACACAUCCUCCUUCGCCCCGACACUUACAUCGGCUCCAUCGAAAAGCACGAACAAACCUUAUGGGUCUGGGAAAACGACCAAAUGGUCAAAAGACCCAUCUCCUACGUCCCAGGCCUGUACAAAAUCUUCGACGAAAUACUCGUGAACGCGGCCGAUAACAAGCAGCGAGACCCGAAGAUGGACUCAGUGAAGGUGAAUAUUGAUGUGGGGAAUAAUUUGAUUAGCGUGUAUAACAAUGGUGAUGGGAUCCCGGUUGAGAUUCAUCAGGAGGAGAAGGUUUAUGUGCCUGAAUUGAUUUUUGGGCAUUUGUUGACGAGUAGUAAUUACGAUGAUUCGAUUAAGAAGACGACCGGUGGGAGGAACGGGUAUGGGGCGAAGCUUGCGAAUAUUUUUUCAACUGAGUUUACGAUUGAGACUGCUGAUGGCAAGCGGAACCGGCGGUAUAAACAGGUCUUUACAAACAACAUGGGGAAGAAAUUGGAACCAACUAUAACAAAGUGCAAGAACAGUGAAAACUGGACAAUGGUUUCAUUCAAGCCUGAUUUAUCAAAGUUCGGCAUGGAAUGUCUAGAAGACGAUGUUGUUGCUUUGAUGAAGAAGCGUGUGGUCGACUUAGCAGGCUGUCUUGGAAAGAGUGUCAAAGUGGAACUAGACGGAAAACGCGUCCCACCUAAAACGUUUGAAGACUAUGUAAAGCUUUAUCUUCAACCAUCAACUGAUACCCUACGGAUUUACGAGAAGGUUAAUGAAAGGUGGGAGAUUUGUGUUAGUAUUGCCGAUGGUCAUUUUGAGCAGGUCAGCUUUGUGAAUAAUAUCGCGACAAUCAAGGGAGGGACUCAUGUCGACUAUAUAACCAAUCAGAUCGCUAAUCACCUUGUGACUGUCGUAAAGAAACAGAACAAACACGCUAAUCUCAAAGCCCAUAAUGUAAAGAACUACCUAUGGGUGUUUGUAAAUGCUCUUAUCGAUAACCCUGCUUUUGAUUCACAAACAAAAGAGACGCUGACGAUUAAACAAAGCAGCUUUGGAUCAACAUGUGAACUCUCACCCGAGUUCUUGAAGAAAGUGGCGAAAUCUGAUAUUGUGAAACGAGUCGUCUCAUGGGUACAGUUUAAACAGCAGAAUGAUUUGAAGAAAACCGACGGUAACAAAAGGGGAAAACUCAACAUCCCUAAACUUGAAGAGGCUAAUUUUGCUGCUACGAAUAAUUCGGAUAACUGCACAUUGAUUCUGACAGAAGGAGAUUCAGCUAAAGCUCUUGCAAUGUCUGGAUUAUCUGUUGUCGGUCAAGAUUAUUAUGGUGUGUUUCCGUUGAGAGGUAAGUUGCUGAAUGUGAGGGAAGCAAGUCCUAAACAGUUGCAGGAAAACGCCGAAAUUCAAAACAUUAAAAAGAUUCUCGGGCUCCAGCAUGGGAAAAUUUACGACAAUGUGAAGUCUCUGCGAUACGGGCAUUUAAUGAUUAUGGCUGAUCAGGAUCAUGACGGUUCGCACAUCAAAGGGUUACUGAUCAACUUUCUUCACUCGUUCUGGCCAUCUUUACUAAAAGUUCCGGAAUUCGUGUUGGAGUUCAUUACGCCUAUCGUCAAGGCCACUAAUAAGAAGACGAAGAACGUUAUAUCGUUCUAUACAAUGCCUGAAUACGAGGCGUGGAAGGAAAAUCUUGGACACAAAGCAAGAGAAUACAAAAUAAAAUACUAUAAGGGGCUGGGAACAAGUAACGGCAAAGAAGGCGCAGAAUACUUCGCUGAUCUCGAAAAGCAUAAGAAAGAUUUUGUAUGGGCCGAUGACGAAGAUGGUGAUGCAAUCGAGCUUGCCUUUAGUAAAAAGAAGAUCGAAGCCAGAAAGAACUGGCUUCGGGCACUUCAGGCUGGUACCUUUUUUGAUUCAAAGGAGAAACAUAUCCCGUAUCGUGACUUCAUCAACAAGGAACUCAUUCUGUUUUCAAUGGCGGAUCUUCAAAGAUCGAUCCCGUCAAUGGUGGAUGGGCUAAAACCGGGUCAACGUAAGAUUCUAUUUUGUGCUUUCAAGAAGCCGAUAUUUCAGGAAGUUAAAGUUGCUCAAUUCAGCGGUUACGUGUCUGAGCACUCUGCUUAUCAUCACGGUGAGCAGAGUCUAGUCAGCACCAUUAUCGGCAUGGCCCAAAAUUUCAUCGGUAGCAACAAUAUUAACCUUUUUUACCCAAGCGGGCAGUUUGGUACCCGUCAAAUGGGUGGGAAGGAUCAUGCAAGUGGCAGAUAUAUCUACACUAAGCUUUCUCCGAUCACACGCCAUCUUUUUCACAAAGCCGAUGAACUGUUACUUAACUACCUGAAUGAAGAUGGUCAAUCCAUUGAGCCUACAUGGUUUAUUCCGAUCAUACCGAUGGUAUUGGUAAACGGAAGUGAAGGAAUAGGAACCGGGUGGAGUUCAUUUAUCCCGAAUUAUAAUCCACGUGAUAUCAUUGCUAACCUGAAACGUUUAUUGAAUGGUGAACAAAUGGUGCCGAUGGAUCCGUGGUAUAAAUGGUUCAAGGGAACUAUUCAGAAGACAACGUCGAAGGAUACCGGAUACACCACUGUCGGCGUUUUCGAGGAAAACGAGGACAACAAUUCGUUGAAUAUCACCGAGUUGCCGAUUAGACGGUGGACUCAAGAAUAUAAGGAGUUUUUGGAGGCUGCUUCGCUUUCAGGGAAGGACAAGGAACCGUUCAUUGAGGAAUACAAUGCGCAUAAUGAUGACACGACAGUGCAUUUUGAAGUUGUUAUGACGGCAAAUCAAAUGAACAAAGCGAAAGAGGAGGGGCUGUUGAAGAAGUUUAAGCUAACGACUACUUUAAGCACAAGUAACAUGCAUCUGUUUGAUGCUAACGGUGUGAUUAAGAAGUAUGAUACCCCUGAACAAAUUCUUGAGGACUUUUUCCACCUUCGUCUUGACUAUUACGAGAAGCGGAAGAACGCUCUGCUUCAUGAGCUUGGAAAAGCAUCUUUGCAGCUGGAAAACAAAGUGCGGUUUAUCCGCGAAGUUGUGGAAGGAACGCUUGUUGUAAGCAACCGAAAGAAGGCCGACUUGUGCGCUGAACUGAAAGUCAAAGGCUACACGCCUUUACCAAAAGAAGCUGUUUUGGAAGCAUCGAUUGCAGGGGCAGUUGACCAUGUUGAAGGAAGUGAAGAAACCGAAGAGGGUUCAGAGGAAGAAACUGCUGAGAUGGCUGUGGAAGAACAAAAGCCGUCUGCCGGGACCGCAAGUAAAACGAUCCCUGGAACCGAAUAUGAUUACUUGCUGUCAAUGGCUAUUGGAACGUUGACGUAUGAGAAGAUGCAACAGCUGUGGCAUGAAAGGGAUACAAAGAAGGCCGAGUUCGAUGAACUUACGAACACACCUUCGAAGUCUUUGUGGUUGAGGGAUCUUGAUUCUCUUAAUAACCAACUCGAUGAACAAGACAAGAGAGACGCGAAAGAUGAAGCGGAAAGACGGAAACAACAAGAAAAGGCGAGGGCGAAGGGUCCUGGAGGUGGUAGAAAUGCUAGAAAACCUGCUCGAAAGGCAGUUACUAAAAAACCAAGUGCCACGUCAGCAGUUGUUAUCGAACCCAUGGACACGUCAGCUAACGAUGUUCCUGUUCCUAAACCACGAGGCAAAGCCGCAGGCCAAAAGAAAGCGCCUGCUAAGGGCAAAGGGAAAGCUACUUUGGUAGAUGAAGACGAUGACGAAAUCCCUUCACUCGCAGAGCGUAUGGCUCAACAAAACUUGCAUUCUGUUCAGGAUGGUGAAAUCGUCGAGCUGGAAGAUCGAUUAGCUAAACAUAACAUUGAAUCAUCUCCUGAUCAAGAAGAAGUUCCCAAAAAGAAAGCACCUGCUAAAAGACCUGCUGCUGCCAAGAAGAAGGCCACCACCAUCAUCUCUGAUGACGAAAACGAAGAGGAUAUUGACUUGAGCGACGAUUCUGACUUCGAAGUUCUAGUAGCACCACCUGAGGAGAAAAAGAAAGGCGGUCGCAAACCGGCUGCAGCCAAGCCUCCAGCAGCAGCAGCAACCAAGAAAAGAGGGGCGGCUGCUGGUGCAGCCGCGAAGACGUCAAAACAAACUGGUGGACAGAAGCUGAUUACUGAAGUGUUGAAGCCAGUGGUGGAAGCAUCACCUGAGAAGAAGGUGAGGAAGAUGAGGCCGUCGCCGUUUAACAAGAAAAGCGGGUCUGUGUUGAACAAGAAAGGGGAGGAGGAGAAAGAAGAGGACGAGAUGGUUGUUGGAGAAUCGAGCGGUGAAGUUGGUGCAAAAGCGAGGCCGCAAAGGGCUAACAGAAAGAAGAUGACGUAUGUGAUCAGUGAUUCUGAGGAAGAGGAUGAAGAGGUUGAUGAUGAGGCGUCUGAGGAUUCUGAUUUUGAUGAUGAUGAGUGAGUAAAACUUGAAGUUGAAGUGGAGGGAAAUUUGUACUUGUUUUCCUUAACUUGUGUUGUUGAUGGAUUGUGUAACUUUUUAGUAGGUUAAAUUUUGUAGAUCCAAUGCUUUUGGACUACCAACUGCAUCUUUAUUCUAUCAAAAUGACUUUGCAAAA